UGUCUUCUCUUCACUUGCAUGAACCCACACCGCUAACAUGAUUAGAUUUUUGCCUGAAUAGGAGGAUUGAGUAUGGCCCGAGGCAGGUGUGAACUUCAUAUUUUCUCCCUGAAACUAGGUUACAGCUGAAGAGAUCAAGAUGGUCCCAAAUUACUCUGAAGAAACGGUUAAAAGAAUCCAUGUCGAUUGUCCCGUUUCAGGAAGGCACAGUUACAUCUACAUUAUGGUUCCAACUGUUUACAGCAUCAUCUUUAUCAUAGGCAUAUUUGGGAACAGCCUGGUUGUUAUUGUUAUUUACUGCUAUAUGAAAUUAAAAACAGUAGCCAGCAUCUUUCUUCUAAACCUGGCACUGGCUGACUUGUGUUUUUUAAUAACUCUGCCACUCUGGGCAGCCUACACGGCCAUGGAGUACCAGUGGCCUUUUGGCAACUGUUUGUGUAAAUUAGCAUCAGCGGGGAUAAGUUUCAACCUGUAUGCCAGCGUGUUCCUCCUGACAUGCCUUAGUAUUGAUCGGUACUUGGCCAUCGUACACCCAGUGAAGUCCCGAAUUCGACGUACCAUGUUUGUUGCCAGAAUAACUUGCAUUGCCAUCUGGCUUCUUGCUGGUGUGGCCAGUUUGCCUGUCAUCAUUCAUCGUAACAUAUUCUUUGCUGAGAACUUGAACAUGACAGUCUGUGGUUUUCGGUAUGACAACAAUAACACAACGCUCCGGGUCGGGUUAGGUUUAUCCAAAAAUUUGCUGGGCUUUUUAAUUCCUUUUCUGAUCAUAUUAACAAGCUACACCUUAAUCUGGAAGACCCUGAAGAAGGCCUAUCAAAUUCAAAAACAUAAGACCAGAAAUGAUGAUAUUUUUAAGAUGAUUGUGGCAAUAGUAUUUUUCUUUUUCUUUUCCUGGAUUCCUCAUCAAGUAUUCACUUUUCUGGAUGUAUUAAUUCAAUUACAUGUAAUAACAGACUGCAAAAUCACCGAUAUUGUGGAUACGGCUAUGCCCUUCACCAUUUGCAUCGCUUACUUUAACAACUGUUUGAAUCCUUUUUUUUAUGUGUUUUUUGGAAAAAACUUUAAAAAAUACUUCCUUCAGCUAAUAAAAUACAUUCCACCAAAUGUCAGCACACAUCCAAGCCUAACAACAAAAAUGAGCUCCCUCUCGUAUCGGCCACCAGAAAAUAUACGCUUGCCCACUAAAAAGACUGCUGGGUCUUUCGACACCGAGUGACAUGUUUUGCAAUAUACUUUUUUUUGAACAAUCUUGUGAAUGAAGCAGCAAGAAUGACAAAACUCAUCUGCAGUCCUGAACAUCACAGCCUACUGCUCAUCACAGAAACAUUAGAUCACCUCAGAGAAAUCAUACUGUAAAGAUUUAGCAGUGGCCUUUUAUUUUACAUUGUGAAGAGGACUGCUUGGUUUUAAUUUUUUCUUCACUGAAAGCAACAUAAAUGGUGGACAGGCGUGUCAGCGUUUCUGUCAGCAUCCUGC